UCGUCAGAGGCGCACGCGCGCCAGCCGCUGGCGGCGGCGGCGAGUAAUGGCGUUGCUGGUGCGGGAUCCGUUGGGUUCGCGGGCGCGGCCGUUGCCGCUGCCCCCCGGUGGCGGUUCGGUACGCGGCCUUCUCCGCGAUCGGGCUCGGGCGCUGAAUAUUCCUGAAGAAAGUUUGUAUGUGAAAUGUAAUGGACGACUGGUUAACGAUGAAGAUGUACUGCAGAAUGGAGCUGUUUAUAGCCUGGAACCAAGACUUUGCGGUGGAAAAGGAGGAUUUGGAUCUAUGCUGCGAGCACUUGGUGCUCAGAUUGAAAAGACAACAAAUAGAGAGGCUUGCCGAGAUCUCAGUGGAAGGAGACUUCGAGAUGUCAAUCAUGAAAAAGCGAUGGCUGAAUGGGUGAAACAGCAAGCAGAACGGGAAGCAGAAAAAGAGCAAAGGCGCUUGGAAAGGCUGCAACGGAAACUUGCGGAGCCAAAGCACUUUUUCACAAAUCCGGACUACCAGCAGCAGUGUCAUGAAAUGGCUGAGCGACUAGAAGAUUCAGUCCUUAAAGGAUUGCAGGCUACUUCAAGCAAAAUAGUGUCACCAGAAAGUAGCGAUGGUCGGAAACGUCCAGGUGAAUCUGGAAACAAUGGGACAAAAUCUCGAAAAAGAAAAUGUUUUUGGCUGGGAUUGGAAGGAUUGGAUGAUUGUGACAGUUCGGAUUGUGAGGAUGACAGUGAAGAUGACUCCACUCAUGCAUCUGAUGGAAGUUGUCCAUCAGGCAGCAGAUAUAAUGGAAAUGCUGGAAAUUCAAAUGAAUGUUCAAGCAGCUCUGUGAGUUCGGUAGAGGAUAGUCCAGCUACCAGUGCAAUUGAGAAACCACUGGAGCAGCCAGAAGGUACUGGAAGAGAUCUGCAAGGAGAGACACAUGCAGGUGGGCAAACUGAAAUUCCAGCUGAUGAAAACGGUAACAUGACAAAGCCCUUGAAGGAAGAGGCCCAAGAAAAGAAUGAGGUAACCCAAGCUCUGAAAGAAGAGGAACAAGAAAACGUUUCUUCUAAGGCACAGGAAACGAACCAGUUACAGAGCACAGAGGUGGAACCAAUAGACCUACUGGCAUUCAACUCUGCUGCUGAAAUGGAAGCCCUGGGUUUAGAUAAACUGAAGAUGGAAUUGAUGGCUUUAGGACUGAAAUGUGGAGGCACUUUAAAGGAAAGAGCAGCAAGGCUUUUUUCAGUGAGAGGUCUGUCUAGAGACCAGAUUGAUCCUGCCUUAUUUGCAAAGCCAUCUAAAGGGAAAAAAAAGUGAUUUUUUUUUUAAAAAUGUAAUUUUGUAUCUGUGUGCUGUUAAAUUUUUCUGGUUCUGUUGUCAUUCUGUACUGCCACAUAGAAUUAUUUGGCAUCCCUGGGUAGUCUUUUGUUUCUGUUCUUAAGGAAGUUUGAUUAAUGUAACACAGAGUAAGUUGCUAGAUAGCGAGUUAGUUAUGUGUUCAAUAUUAAAGGAGUGAAAACUACUAUCUUUUGAUAACCUUUACAAAUAGUUAUAACAAGUCUUAAUGCAACAGGUGGAACAAACUCUCUAUACAGAAAGAAAUAACCUGAAUGUUUUCUGGAAAAUGGUUGUGUGAUACUGUCAUCACCUAUUUUAAGAAAAAUAGCAAUCCUUUCUUAGCUUUAUAUUGAAUCUCCUUUAAUGUGUAUUCCAGUUAGCACAGUUACAACUGCCAAAUGAGAAACAUUGAACUUAUGAUCCAGGCUUAAAAGCUGAAGUUUCUUUAUACAAAAAGAACAUUUUUAUAUGGAUGAGGUCAGUAUAAAUGAAUACGCUAUUCUGUGAUUUUCCUUUGGAUGUCAGGUAUCAGUAUGAUAUAAAUUAAUUAAUGCGUGCAAGUAUUUCUUUUAGAAGAAGUUAAAUAAGAGUAUUUACUUACUUUGCUCUGGAAAAGUAUUUGAGGGAAAAGAGAAUCACAUCCUUAAGAAAUUAAGAAGAAUAAAGUACACUUGGCGGCUGCUGAAAGUAAGAUACAGAGUGAUCAUCUGAAGCUGAGUGGGAAAUUUAGGAUGGGUUUUAAUGGAAUUGUCUCCCCAGGACUUAAAUAUCUGCAGUUGGUGAUGCUUUAUCCUAGAGCAGCAUCCGGGAGCUUAUCCUGCGAGGUGGUAAGGCAGUGUGCUCGCUCGCAUGGCUGCGGGUGCAGUGGCCACUCCCCUGGUUUGAGCAGCUUUUAAAAAGGUUUUAAUUCAGUGCCUCGAACUUCAGAUUUUACCACCAUAUGCUGGAGAAUAUUGUGUUUAUGAUCUACUUAUCAGAUUUUCUUGUAGAGACGCUUGAAAAAUUAAAAAUGACAUCUCUCCUGUUCCGACAUGGUACCGGAAGUUUGUCUGUUUCAAAGGUUGGCUCACAAAAUCAAGUUUUGAAUUGCAACACUGAUAGGAAGUGGGCUUCAAAUGCUAGGAAAUCAGUUCACUCCUGUAGUAUUUAAUGUUUCUGACAUAAGCAGUUUGUGUCUGAUAUUUCAGUCAGUUUUACAGUCUUACAGCCUCUCUCCUUAGAAGCUGUUUUGCUGAUGCUUUAUGGAAGUUUUGGACUGAGAGAGGGCAUUAAGGAUUUAUUCUUGACAAACUCCACAGCCAAGCUGUUUAAUCAGCCGUGUUGGUGCAGCUGCUCCAAAAUGCUGCUUAACCUGACAGUUUAUUUUCUCCCAGGUACGCUUUGUUAUCAAACAACGUUGGUUGGCUGGCUCACUGCCCCGCCGAGUUCGUGUGUGGCUGUGUGUCCGUCCGUCCGGGUGCGGGGGCCGCCGAGCCCGGUGCCGGCAGGUGUCGCUGCGGGCCUGGGCUGCGGGGUUCCCGGGUCUCGUCGUCCCCGUCCCCCCCCCCGCCGCUAUUUUGGCAGCCGGAUCCUGCACAGAUCCUGGCUCGUAGGAAACGCGCCUUGAGCCUGCUGAGGACGCGGGUGGGAACUGGGAGGUGCGGAAUUGAUUUCUAACGCAGCAGCUGAUGUCUGGGUAAGUCAACAACACCACACGUACUAUAGUUUUUGUACCUGCAGGAUGGAUUUGAGGCUAUUUACAAGCAUAUUUGAUGUGGUUAAAUAAAAAUCCUUGGUAUUCUUUCAA